GCCUUGGCCUUGAAUGAUGUAUUCUGAUUUCUGCUGUUCGUGAAGUCGUGAAGUAUAACCUCAGAAAAUGAAACUUUUGGUGCUAUUGUUUGAUGAGUUUUAAUCUUCAAAAUAUUUCUAAAAUACUUCGAUUUUCAUAAAUUCACUCUCAAAUAUGGAGGAUCUAGGAGAAGAGACUCAAUUUGUGGUAGAUGAAGUCAGUAAUAUAAUUAAGGAGGCGAUUGAAGAAUCUAUUGGUGGAAACGCUUAUCAACAAUCCAAAGUGAAUCAGUGGACAUCUUCAGUAGUCGAAGCCUGUCUAGGAGCCUUAACAAAACUUCAAAAGCCUUUUAAAUAUAUAGUUACAAGCACAAUAAUGCAAAAGAAUGGCGCCGGACUUCAUACAGCCAGCUCCUGUUUCUGGGACAAUUCGACUGACGGCAGUUGUACUGUGCGCUGGGAGAACAAGACUAUGUACUGUAUAGUGUCAGUAUUCGGACUUGCCAUCUGAGGAUUACGAAUCGAGUCAAAAAUCAAAAGCAAAUCUGUCACGCUCAAGUGUAGCAGGAGGGGAACACGCUAACCUAUUUCAACUCAAGAGUACUUAUUUUCGUGGUAGAGAGCACCAAUUCGUUCCACUAAUUUGCAAAUUACACCAAACUUUAGAUGGCAAAUAAGGUUAGCCUGCAAAUUGUCCCUCAACAUUUUUCGUCCAUAUUUUAAGGUCUAAUCAUUGUGAUGUACAUGAGUUUUGCACAAGAUAAUUACCCACAAGAAGAUUUCUUAAUUCUGUCAAAAUCUUAUGUUUAUAAUACGGAACGUUUAUUCUUUUACAAGACAAGAGCUAAAUGUCAACUCUGUAAAAAAUCUUAGAUAUCAAGUUUUCUUUUUGAUCAAAUCUUCUGUAAAAUUUACCUUCUUUUCUUCAUUCAACUGCAGUGUAAAUACCUAUUGUAGAGUAAUAUUCUUCUGAUUUCCUUGAAAGUUUCAUGUAGUGGCUUUACAAGUUGCUACAAGAAAUUGGUGGUGUCUUUAUGGACAUUUUUUGAUGAACUGUUGAAGCGCUAGAUGUUCUUAGGAGUCAACAAAUUUCUUUAGAAUAUUUUCCGACUGAUAAUCCUCACAAUUUCUUUCACUUUGUUGUAGUCUAGAUAAGCAAUGUUUGAAGAAAAUAAUGUCCAAAUCGAUUAUAGUUUAUUGUUGAACUUUUAUAAUAAGUCUUAUUACUGUGACUGGUAGACUUCAAUACUAAGUAAGUUACCGUUCACGUUUCUUAAGAACUUGAUUUCAUUAGCUUCUUCAUAAUGCUUUUAAUGUAUUUCAUCAUUUCUUUAAUGUUUUGUUUAGCUAUUCUAAUUGAAAUAAAAACAUCAUUUAGAUAAAAUAUUAUGUUAUACCUUAUUUUUUUAGAGUUGACAAUUUAAAAUAAUAAGAUGAAGAAGUUGUAUUUUUGUUUGCAAAAUUUCAAAUACAAGGUUAAAGAAUACCUAUCGUAUUCAACUUCAAAUGCAAUCUUGCUCCCAAAAUUGAAAUUUCUGAGGAGGUUAGACGAAAAGUUAUGAAAUUUAUCCUUGUUCAAAUGCUCUUGUGAUCAGAAGAAUCAAUAAUUGUGCAGACAAUAUUGUUAUAUUUAUAUAAAUAACGCAUCUCUAGAUUUUUUCAAAUGUCUCCUUUCAGUCAAGUAAUUCAUUAUCAUUCCUAAAUUCUCUUUCACUUUGUAAAUAUAGAAAUGCAUUUAUCAGCUUAUGUAUGAUGACACAUUAGAUAUUUUUUUUAGGAUGUGGAACAUCUUCUCUAAUUUAAUCUGUAUACCUUUGAUAAUUAUUUUUUGAAAUGGUCCAUUGCCAAUGUCCAUGUACGGCACGUAUUAAACUUGGAGGCAAGGCGAAUAGAAUGUAAUAUUUUCCAAAUGAAUAAAUACAUUUUAAUAAUUAGUUUGCAAACUAGUCUUAUCUCAUUUCUGAAAAAGGGUCAAUAUAAUUUAAUGUUGCCAUUUUUCUAAUCUCAAAUAAAUAUAUUUUCGAAGAUACCAUAAUGAAUUAACAUUGUGUCUUUGCUUCUCUUACAGGUUAAUAAUAAUUAAUAAAUUUAACUUUUAAUUCAAUUGAGUGAUAUAAGAUAUUAUUUAAUAAUUUAUUUUGUAUUAGUAUUGUCAAGAAAUAUUUUUUUAUAGAUCUUA